AUGAAUAGCCCUAACCAAUGGGGGCGGUUCUUUACGAAAGCGCGCCCUCUCACCAGCUCUGGACUGCAAGAAAGCACCAAGCCACGCUCACUAAACUGGCCGAUUGUGUUUUUCCUAAUUGGCCUCCCCGUCGGGGUGAUUCUAUCUCUUCUAUGGGUCCCCAUAUAUACAGAGACUCUCUUGAUGGUCCCACUCUGGAUGAUCGGCCGAACCCUUAGCAUUACAGCUGGCUAUCAUCGGCUAUGGUCUCAUAAAUCCUAUACCGCCAGUUCAUCCCUGAAGGUGGCCAUGGCAAUCAUUGGCGCCGGAGCGGGACAAGGCAGUAUAAUAUUCUGGUGCCGAGGCCACCGCGCACAUCAUCGCUACGUUGAUACCGACGACGACCCAUACAGUAUCAAGAAAGGGUUCUUUCACGCACACAUUGGCUGGAUGCUAUACGAAAGCGAAGGAAUACCCUAUGGUGUCCCCAUCAACCGCAACGUGGACAUCAGUGACCUCAAAUCAGAUCCAAUAGUGCGAUGGCAGCACCGAUAUUAUAUACCCCUGUUCCUCCUUGUGGGCUACGCCGCCCCAACAUUAGCCUCUGGCCUUCUAUACGGUGACUAUCUAGGCGGCUUCCUCUACACGGGCAUUUUGGCUGUAGCCCUCGCACAGCAAGGCACUUUUUGUGUGAAUUCCGUCGCGCAUUGGGCUGGAUCGCAGCCUUUUGCGUCGGAAAAGUCUCCACGGGAUAGCUAUCUCACUGGUAUUUUCACGCUUGGCGAGGGAUAUCAUAAUUUCCACCAUGAGUUCCCAAUUGAUUACCGCAAUGGGGUGCGAUGGUAUGAUGCCGAUCUAACGAAGUGGCUGAUUUGGACCUUAUCUCAGCUUGGGCUUGCUAGUAAGCUGCGGCGCUUCCCUCAAAAUGAGAUUGAGAAAGGGAGGAUUCAACGGAAAUGGGAGAUCUUGAAUGCAGAAGGCAAGACAGUUAGUUGGGGUAUACCAUCUGAAGAGUUACCGACUAUGGAGUGGGAGGAGUUUAAACAGCAAGCGAGAACAGGGUGUAAUUUUGUGGUUAUUAGAGGAGUUGUGCAUGAUGUUUCAGCAUUUGUGAGCGAGCAUCCGGGAGGUACGGCUUUAAUCACUGGAGCGAUUGGAAAGGAUGCAACAGAGAUGUUUGAAGGCGGGGUCUAUGCGCAUUCUGGUGCAGCUUCCAAUCUUUUGGAUAAUAUGAGAGUGGCCAGGAUUAUAGAUACUGUCAAGUUGAUUUAG